UUCAGAAUACUGGCUGCAUUCAUCGAUAUAAAGAACACAGAAAGAAGUGUUCGGAUUCACUCUUCGGUGAAUCAGUAGAGUGUGUCAGUUUGUAUUGGUUUGUAGACAGAAUACGAUGGUAUCGAAACGUUUCAUUUUCUUGAAUCAAAUUUAAACAUCGUGCAACAAGUGUGUGGAAGUGGUUUUUUAUGUGUAUAUACAAAAUUACCGAUCGAUCACUUGACAUGCAGAGAUCAAUUCUAAUUUAAUUUUAUCGCGCAUUUUUUUUGACGAAAUUAUUAUAAAAAAAGUCUACAACAAGUGAAAAAAAUGCUAUAAUAAAUUGAAACAAUUGUUGUGAUUAUAACCAAACGGUUAACUUGCUCCAAAUGUUAUUCCAUACAAUCUAAUAACAAGAAAGAAAACACAAAUUUGUAUUUUGAAUGAGAAUAUCAAAUAACAAGAAAGAAAACACUACUAUCUAUUGUUUAAUUCGAUAAAAGUUUGAUCUGCAGAUAAGAGAACAAAAAAAACUGUAUUAGGUUGGAAUAAUUUAAAUAAGUGAAUUAAAACGACAAACAAAGUGGAACUAAAUGGGCAUGUGUGAUUUAAUGUUUUACUUGAAACUAGUGAGCGUCGGUGUUGUUGUUUUAGCAUCAUCGCUAGAUGAAACACAAUCGGUGUGUUACUUUGCGACCGAAAUGCAAGGCGAGUACACAACGCAAACAACGUAUAAUACACAAAGUCGCUUCACAAAUGUUAACAUCACCGAAGACUCAAUACCAAUUUGGGGUGUGUGUCACAAACGCAUUGGAAAUGGAGACAAUGUUGUUCUUCGAAUGGAUUCAGAGUCGGGAAGUUGUUACAAGUGCAUUCACAUCAAUUUAGUCUCACGAAAUAUUCUACGUAUAUAUAUUGCAGAACAUUCCUAUAAUAGUUGUGAAUUUAAUGAACAAAAGACCAUUGAAUCAUGCCCAGUUGUUGGUCAAAUCGAUGAUCAAGAUCAAUUAACGCAGAAAGAAAUAAUUCUUUAUAAGCUACUUGAAUACAAUGGAGAAGAAAUUAAGAGACAGUAUUGUCCAUUUGAUGGUCGAUAUCGAUUUACGCUAACAAUUGAUGAUGGUGGUCUUGAUACAACUGGUUGCGAUACAAAAAAUUCCGAACUUGAUAAUUGUCCAUCCUCAUCGGCACUCAAUUUACGAUUUAGACAAUGUACAUUCAGAGAUUAUGAAGCCACACUUGAAUGUUUAGGCCAAUGGAAAGGUCAGGAUAAUCAAAAUUUUGUUGCUUUUAUGAAUACUGGUAAUCAAAGCUUUGGACCAAAGUAUCGAUGUGCGACAUUCGUAAAAGAUCCCGAUACAAAUAUAAUAACGGUCUCAUUGAAUGCAGACUCGUUAUGUACAUCGCAAAAUAUUUACGAUCGCAAAGAAAUUCUAGAGCUAUAUCCAAUCAAGAAUAAAUCCUUUGAACAUCAAAACCAUCAAUAUCAACAUUUUCCACUUUGGAUGCAAGGAGAUUUUGAAUUCUUGACGAUUGACGAUCGACAAAUUAUUUAUCGAGAUCAGUUAUCUUACAAAACGUAUACAAUGAAUUGUAUUGCAUAUUACAAUAACACCGCUUCGAUAAAUGAUUCAAAAAGUGUGCGUCUAUUAACAUUUAGUCAAACUCAAUGUGGCGAAGAACAAUAUCAUUGUGUGUCUGUUCAUAAGAGGAGUGCAAAUGUGCUUGAAUUUCAAAUGGGCUCAAAAACGGUCCAUCAAAGUUCAUUAAAUGACAAUGGAGCAAGUAUUGAUAACUAUCUUGGAAGUCUUGAAAGCAUUUGUGGUGAUCAAUAUUUUGAAAAAUCUCAUUUCAUAACACAAAGUCGAAUUGAUAGUACAUUUAUCGAGCCAUCACCUUGUCCAAUUGAUGGUAAUUUCGUGGGACUGAUUCCAGAUGCAGAGGAUUUAUGUGCAAGAUUAUGGUCUGAUUGCGAAAAAAAUGACACAAUGAAGUAUCAAGUAACAAUUUGUGGUCAUGACGAAGUUUUUGAUGAACGAAGAUACCAAUGUAUCGGCCAAUGGACAGAGAAUAAUAUUAUUUACACGUAUACAAAACGCCUAGAUGUAUCAGGGUUCGAAUGUUUUUUGGGUGCACUUGCUUCUUUAGAAGAGAUUUUCAUUAAAGAAGCAGGAGAGCAUUGCAGACGAGAUGUAGACCCUUAUCGUUAUAGUAUGCAAUUGAAUAAAACACACGAUUGUCCGAAUAAGAAAACUAAAAUAGACAUUAAUUCAUCACAUGAAUAUAAUGAGAGAGAUAAAAUAUUCACAUCUGAGAUUGAUGUCACGGUUGCUUCAUCUGGUGAUAUGGAAUAUGAAUAUUUCGAGGAGAGCCAUUUAAAUUUCAAUGGGAAUACGAUUUCAUCUUCGUCUGAAUCAAGUAUUAGUGAUAACCAAAAAUUCAAAGAGAAAACUAACAAUGAAUCCGUCUAUCCAAUGCAUCCGAAAUUUGAUUUGGGUUCUGUCGUGAAUACGGACAAUAGAAACUCCCAUAGUAGAAGUUGUUCGAAGUUGGAAAAUUUGGUUUUAAUUAUGACUGUAUUAUUAUUGUCGAUGCUUGUAAAAUGACUUUUUGCAUCGAUGUAAUUUCAACUUUUUUUUUGU